AUGUCAUGUCUUUGUAUCAGGAGUGAAGUCCAGUGUAAUCCUACAACAAUUUUCAGUUCCCUUUGUUUGUGGGAAAAACUAAUGUUUAGUUUGUAAAACCAUAAAACCUUGUACUUUCCCAUCGUCAUAAGUAUCUAGUCUAUUUAUCCUAUAAAUACUUCACUUGCUAUUACAAAAGGACAACUCUUCACAUGAACGAAACAUUCAGAAAACCAUAAUCUUGGGUUAACCAUGAGGACCGAUGAAGAAAGCAUGACCCUUAAUACAUGUUUCAGUAAUUGCCCUUCCCAUGGAUCGCUCGAUUAUAGGACACUGAAGGAGAAUGAUGAGGUUACCAGUGAACAGACACCAGCUUCAAAGGAGACCAAGUCAUCUGCUGAUACCCCCAUAAGAGACCAUCUGAUGUGGUCCAUCUUUAACACUCUUUACUUGAAUACAUUUUGUCUUGGACUGGUUGCAGUUUUGUUCUCUGUUAAGUCACGAGAUCGGAAGAUAGCUGGUGAUCUGAAAGGGGCCAUAAGAUAUGGUUCAAUAGCACGGUCUAUCAACAUUAUUGCUACUGUGUUUAGCUUCAUCAUAAUCACCAUUGCCAUCAUCCUUGUCAUAAAAUUAGUUCUCAGUUUACAAUAUGCUCAUGUGGAGUGACGUCUAGAACUGGCCAUCAUAUAUUCUAUCUGCAGACAUAUAAUACAGAUAUAUCCAGAUCACCUUUAAAGCCCUGGACGUUAUAAUAAAAGGACUUUCUCUAAUAAACACUAAUUUGCUUUACAAAUAGAACAUGAUUACGUUUUGAUCAAACUUCUACCCAAAAGCAGUUAGUGCUGCCAACCAUCUGAGUUAUUCAGUAACAUUAUUGAUUGUUUAUUUAAUUUAUUAUUGAAUGAGUUUCCUGAAGAAAACAAAGGAGAGUGGAAUUCGAGAAACUGGUCGUGCUGUUAUAAGAAGAAUCUUAAAUCAAGUGUCUCCAUUAUGGUAUCUCGAUAAUGGACCACAUAGACAAAUAGCCUGUGGUCCGGCAUACGUCAUUACAAGGAGAAUGAUAAGAUGUGUCUCUGCCGAAAAUCACACAUGAUUUCAGAUCAGAAUUUAAUAUUGAGAUACAAGAAGCUAUGCCUACGAUGACACGUCCACAGGUGAUUACCGAAAAAUGGGAGCAGAAAACACUACAUUUCUAAUGUUUAUUUUCAUUGAAGAUGCUGAGUUAUG